UCACAAUAUGAAAAUGUAUUUCCAUGGGGGUUUUGAUGAAAUUGUUCUCUUUGAUUUUUGGCGUAUUGAUUCUACUUUGGGUAUUUUUUAUAUUUUCUUUAUUAAUAGGAACAGACCUGGUCACGGAUCUGAUUUUUGUUUCCUAUCAGGAUAUUUACGGCGGAUAUCCGCAGGCAUUUUGGUAUUAUCUUUAUCCAUGACCAUGUCUGAUUAGGAAUAUUUUGGGGGGGGGGGGGGGGGGGGGGGGUUUAAAUGUUUAUAAUUAAAUAUACAAAAUUGGCAUUUGUAAACGGACUUUUCCUUUGCGGACUUUUCUUUUUUUUGCGGACUUUUCCUUUUCUUGUCAAUCAAUUUUUACUCAGCCAUCGCCAACUUCAUGCUUAAUUUUUUUCGUGCACUUUUGUUAAACAAAAUCUUUUCUAUUUAUGGUUCCUUAUUCCAGAAAUUUCUGGCAAAAUACAUGGACAUAGCCAGGGGGCUUUUGCGUCUAUAGCUCCCCUUGAAAUGGGGAAAGGGAAUACCAUUUUAGCCCCCUGGCUACGUGUAGGCGAAACGGAAAAUCCGCAAUUCUCUUGCAAUCUUUACAAUGUUUCUAUUUUUACAAUAGCCCUAGAAUCUAAGUCACAUGAAUCCAAUGACGAAAUACAAUCAAUCAAAAAUACCCUCCAAUCCUGCUGACAAUUUUUCAAAUUUUUAAAAAAAUUUUCUUAUUUUCUUGACCACAGUCCUAUUAAACACAAUAAUUUUAAGGUCUCUUCACUUCAUUUAUUCUAAUUUUCUUAAUGGGAGCUGCAUAUGAAGGCUUGAAAUGGUUUAGAGUUUACUUUCAACUUUGGACUUGUGAAAGAUCCAAAUCUUCCGAUUUUUUGUCGUUAAAUUCAGUCUCCCGAAAAGUUGAAGGAAAAAAUUUUAAUGGGUCAGAGGACCAUUCUUUGAUUAAAAACAAUAACAAAACUUUUGCGUCUUCGAGUGGAUGUUCCGAAAAUUGUGGAAAUUCGAAUACUUUAAAUAGAGAAGUUUAUGCACCAACAGUUGUUAUUUCUACUCCGCAAGUUUGUACUAGCAGUAUGCAAAUUAAUCGUUGGACGUUAGUUCUAAUUUCAUUUUUAAUUUGA